CUAAAGAUCACAUAACAGCCAUGAUUCAACAAUGUAGCCGUGUUUUCAUGUUAAGCUUCUUGUUUCUUGAUUGGACAUAUUGUACAAGCUUUCAAGAAUCGCGUCGAUGGCUAUAUAACUGGCAUUUUCCUGAGUGUACCGAUGACCAUCACUGUAUUUGCCCGACGGGAAUGAUUGGACACUGCGGCUGGGACAAUAUUUUUGAAAGGAAAUGUGAAUGCAAACAAUUACCUGUAAACGGAGGAUGGAACGAGUGGUCGAGCUCUCCUUGCAGCGCCACCUGUGGGGAUGGUAAUAAAAAUGAAACCAGAACGUGCACUAAUCCUGCGCCGUUACAUGGUGGAAGGAACUGUGAGGGAGACAGUGUCCGUGUUACUCCUUGUCAUACUGGACAAUGUCCAACUACGACGCCGAUCCUGACCAAGUGUACCUCUGAUGGAAAUUGUACUGGUUUCAACUGUCCAAGGCAACAAUAUCCAUUUUGUGAACCCAAUUUGGAUUGGUCUGCUUGUGGAUGUACAGAGUGUACGAAUGACCAUCACUGUAGUUGCCCGACGGGAAUGAUUGGCCAUUGCAGGGACGAUAUUUUUGAAAGGAAAUGUGAAUGCAAAACAUUGCCCAGUGCCGCCUGUAAAAGUGAUUUAGACUGCAGCACACACGUGUGUACAGGAAACUUAAGCCAUUCUUUCUGCCACGAGAAUAAGUUUCUUGUCUAUGACUUUUCGUCAUGUGAUUGUAGAGAGUGCUCCAAGGAUUCCGAUUGUCAUUGUCAGUCAGGGUUGAUUCCGAGUUGUCAAGCUUCUACGUUUGGAAAAACUUGUCAUUGUAACCGGUCCAAUGUUACAGAAUCUUCGAUGGGCCAUACAACUUCUACACCUUCUUCACACUUAACACCAAUAAGAACAACAAGUGUUGUAAAAACAUCUUCACCGACAACAACGACAACCACCACUACUAGCACUACAACACAAACAACCAAAGCGGCGACAACGUCUACUACAAUUUCACCCGCGGUCUCCUUAAAUCAACUCCAUGAAUCUUCUACACAACCAACACAUAUAAUGACCUCAACUGAGGAUACAAAAUCAACGACAGAUGCAACAACAGAUUCCAAACAGACUCUCCAAUCGACCAAAACCACGAUACCCGAGAACAACACCUCUUUGAUAUUUGUAACUUUGACAACAAAACCACCAGUUGUAAGAAAAUGCUACAGUUGUGGAGAUUCUCUCAACUCCAUACCGUGUGACACAAGGGCAAUUUACGUGGGAAAUUUACAGGACUGUGGCCCAGGAGAGGACUACUGUAUGACUGACCUAAUCCAUACUGGACAGACUUUUCCAAGUAUUUAUAAAAGGUGUGUGACGGAGGACGAGUGUCGCAACAAGUGGCUCCACCAGACGUCUGACCUUGAACACUGUACUAACUAUGGCAACGUCCUUGUCGAAGGUCACUACAGCUGUCACUUCUGUUGCACAUCGGACGGAUGUAACUCCAAGCAGAUUCCUGACAAAUCCACACUGUAUAUUAAAGCCUGAGUGUAGACGUUUAUUUCUGUCACGUAUACAAUGUAUAUGAAAGCUUGAAAUGUAAUUUAACAAUAAAAAGAACGCCAGCACUUUGGAAAA